UCUUUACCUCUUUUCUCGUUCAUAGACCUACCUAUCGUCCACCCUUUUUAAUAUCCACCGUCGAAACGACCCUCCUCACUUCUCAUCGAGACCGUUCGACCCUGAUACCAACCCCCAACUAGUACCACUACUACUACCACGAUACAACCGCCACCACUACUAUUACUACUACCACUACCACCACUACCACUACUACCACCAUCGAAACACACCGGUACAAAGCAGCAACGUGAGUCGUAAACAUAACAACACUCUUCGAAGACGCACGCGUACAAACAAGCUAUCGUCUACCGAAGAAACUGAUUUCGCGCUUCUUCAAACCUCGGACUUUUCGUCGCGUCUUUUACCUCGCUAAAGUGAUUAAUCAUACGCGCUUCGUUCAAUCUCAUUGCUGCUGUUAAUAAUAAUAACCAUAACCAACGUCAAGACGAAGAACAUCGAGAGUUAUUCAGUGAAUAUUAUUCAGUAUUCUCGUUGAUUGUGUUACUGUGAUGUCUACGUGAAAGUAAACACGUGGUAGAAACUAAACCGAUAUUAUUCAGUGGAUCUUUACGAUAGGGGACCAGUGCAUCUUGUUUCACUUUUUUCUUUCCGUCGCAAUUCAAAAAUCUUUUCGAUUCGACUUUUCGCUAUUUUUUUUUUUUACCAGUGAAAUAUCCUAAUUCAGUGCCUUAACAAAUCAAUUCAUUUUGUCUUUGGGCUAAAAAUAAAUAUAUAAUAAAAUUGUCAAAAUUAUAUGAAAGAAGAGUUUUUAAACGUCGAACUUGUCCGACGGAAUUUGUCUCUUUCAUCCGACUCAUCUCGUCGUAUAUGAAAAAAUAUCAAAAUAAAAUCGUGAAAUAAUUGGUCGUAUCGUGAAAUAAGGAUACAUGAGGAAUGAACUGGAACUGGUAGGGCGAUUCGAUCGACAAGUUAAUCGGUUUUCACGGGUUUUUAAGUGAUCCCUCGCACACAUCCAAUUGUUCUUCUUGAAAGUGUCGGCACUUUAAGUAGUACACAUUAAAAUAAAUCGAACGUAGAGAGGAAAAUAAAGCCGUCUCGAUAUUCGCUCGAACGAUUAGAGUGUUUUUCGAGGAAGAGAAUAAAAAGUAAAAGAAAAAGAAGAAGAAAAUUCGUUGAACGAUCGUAGCGGAAGAAAGAAAGGAAGUGGAAAAAGAUAAAUAUUUCGGUGAAUAGUCUAACUGAAGGUAGUGCUUGCCACGUGAAACUGGUCGCUAUUUCGCCGGGCUAGACAAGCGGCAAAAGCUCGAAACCCCCUGGUUUCCCGCGCACAGUACGAGCGAAGCACACACAACUACCCCGACCAACCAACCGACGAGCCGAGCCGCCGCCACCAACCCCUACACACAACAACCCAACGAAGCAUCCCCCACUCUGAAUCGCACAACAGCCUGAGCGGAAGUGCUAGUCAGUCGGCGAGCGACCUUCCAACAUUACGGGUUAGGUUCCCUCUUUUUCCGCCCGUCGUGUCUUCGUCCUCGUUUGUCUGAACGCGGGGACAAGCUCUGUUGCGGUUCGCGUCAACGUGAAAGGGAGAACGGAGAUAGUAAGAGAAAGAGAGAGAGAGAGAGAGAGAGAGAGAGAAAGGGAGAGAGAGAGAGAGAGAGAGUGAGAGAGAGAGAGAGAGAGGGCAAUCACGCGAGAAGAUACGUACCAUCUCGAGGAGGAGAGAUUACGGGGGGUUGCCGUCGCUUCAUUCAUUUUCUAUAAUAAAUCGUCAACCUGACGAUUACUCUCUACGACAUCCGCCGCAACCGCAUUUGAUACGUCCGUAGAAAAUCAGGAAAGAAGAGAAUACGAAGUGGAAAGUAGUAUAACGAGUAAAGGGAAAGGAAAAUAUAUAGGAUAAUGUCAUUUUGAACGGAUCCCUCGUUCCGUUCAAAAAAAUCAUUGCGAUAUUUCUCACGAUCGAUCAACUAGCAAUUAAAGUGUAUUUCUACUAUCGUUACCGAUCAUCAUCGAUCCUUCCUCGUACAUCUCCUAUCGGUAUAUCAAAGUACAACGAAUAACGAUUGUCUACGAUUAUUAUUUUCUUUAGGAACGCGUGUGUUACAUCUCUGUGCGAAUAUAAACGAUGAACCUAGAGAUCUUUUAGUUAAUUGUGAUACGACACAUUUGCAUACCGAGAAUACAUCGUUGAAGAGCCACCUGUUCGCGAAAGUGAAAUCGACGAUCGACGAGAAUUCCGAGAGAGGAAGAUCAUUACGCGCGAUAGCCGAUUGAAAUGGUGAGAGGAUAAAAAAGUGCCGCUAUUGUGAACGGGAAGGGAGGAUCGCGAUAAAUCGUUGUUGUGUACUUGUUGAAACGUUCGAGCAUGUUACUUUUCCUUUAAUACUCCGAUAACUAUUUCCUAUUCGAAACUCGUGUUGGCACUAUAGUUGAAGAAAGUUUUCCACGGUAGAGAGAAGUCGUAGCCCUAGAAAGAGGAAGAUCGUAAACGCGUUCGUGAGAAGGACGUUCUUCGUACUCGGGAAGUUUCCGUUCACCGACGCUUCUCACACUGCCUCUUCUGGAGAUUGCGAUCGGAAGCUAUCCCAGCUCGACCACGUGGUUAUGAGUAAGCAUCAGAGGCGCCGUGACUUCUCCCGGUGAACGCACACGCUUAGCUGCCUCGUCUGCAUUUCCACUCAGCCGAUCAACGACUACUACAACUAUACCUUAGCUACUUUUCGGUAUCGAUACUCCUGAAAUUAGUCGGAUCAUUUUAUCGCGAUUAACAAAUUUGUGUACUAUUAUUGAUCGUUGAGCUCUAUUCUUCGAGUAUUUAAUUGACGCGUUGAAAGUUAUCUGAAAUAAUUCGAGUUUGUCGAAGCUGGAAAGAAAUAAAAAGUUUAAUUAAUAGUGAAAUAAACGUAAAGAAAUCGCACGUAAGUGAUCGAAGGUGAUCGAGUUGGGAAGAAAAGAAAGUAGCAAGAUCCCAGCCGCGGGGGAUCCCGAAAGGAAGGAGGGUCCAGCUGAGGUGGUCCAGUCCGGCUCAACGAUCGGUGUCAGGAGGCCGAAUCAGUCAGGCAAUUCAGGAGGGUGGGUGCAGUGGUGCAGUGGUUGCAGGAGGGCCAGCGAGGUUGGGGUGGCCUCGUCUACAGGCGCGUUGGCACCGAGCGCACCGGGCCCCGGGGCUGCGGUGGUGGGCUGCCUGCUUGGGGUGUACCCGUGUUCUCCCUCCUCCACGGGGCCCAGGGGGCCCCUAACUCAUCACCUUCAGGCUAUCCCGGCACCACAACAAACGAUCGGCUGCCGUGCCUGUUGCUGUGCGCAUACCAAUCACCAACCUCCUUCGGUCCAGCUUACUAGCCAACGGGGCGGCCUAUCGCUGAGGGUAGCGAGGGUGGCGUCCACCACCUCCGUCCGAGCCGCCCCCUACGCCCACCCCCAGCAUCAAGGGCUGGGGCAGGAGUGCAGGUAAUGAUAAAUCGCUAAGAUACAUUCCUACCUUCACUUCGAUACCUAUAUAUAUUAUUACUACCCUACUACUAUCAUCACCAAAUACUACUACUACUACUACUACUACUACUACUACUACUUCUACUACUACCAUUGUAGUCACUACCACUACUUCUACCACCACAUCCGUUACCACUCUCUUCGUCAUCAUUCUCGUCCUCGACGGUGAUCGAUAAGAUAAAAUCCCUAUAAAAAAUUAUAAUCAAACAAAAAAGGCAAUAAUACAUAGUAGCACGUCGCAAAAGUAAGAGUAAAUAUAAAAGUAAAAGUUACAAAUCAAAAAUAAUAAAAAAAAAAAAAAAAAAAUAAAAAAAACCACAACAACAAAACAAACACGAUCGAUGGACUAAAAGAGCUAUCCAAAACCAAAAACGCACGAAAAAGGUGUAGGGAGGAGACGGGGGCAUUGGGUGGAGGUGGUGCGCACAUCCUCGGCAGCCCGAUGCUGUUCGUCCCGUUCACGGUGCCCACUUUCCCUGCGACGCACCAUCAGACGACUCAUCCUGCGCAUCAGACACAUCAUCAACAGCUGCAGGCCACCAACCAGAAUCCGGUGCAGCAGCCGCAGCAGCUCAACCAGCUGAAUCAGCUGAGUCACCUGAAUCAUCAGGGCAUCGUGCCGCCGACAACCAAUCAACCAACUGUACACAGCACCAGCUGUUCGCCGCAGCAACAAGCGACUACACCGAACAAGGAAAUGAAAGUUAACUGGGCGACAUCGCCGGGCAACCAACCGAAGCAGGACACCAGCAAACACUACCACAUAUUCGUAGGAGACCUGAGCCCGGAGAUCGAGACGCAGACCUUGAGGGAAGCCUUCGCUCCCUUUGGCGAGAUCUCGGAUUGCAGAGUCGUCAGAGAUCCACAAACCUUCAAGUCUAAAGGCUAUGGAUUCGUGUCCUUUGUCAAAAAAGCGGAAGCGGAAAUCGCCAUCGGUACCAUGAACGGGCAAUGGCUCGGUAGCAGAAGUAUUCGAACGAAUUGGGCGACUCGCAAGCCGCCUGCACCAAAAUCUGAAGCGAACGCAAAGCCGCUAACAUUCGACGAGGUAUACAAUCAAAGCAGUCCGACCAACUGCACAGUUUACUGCGGCGGUCUGACCAAUGGUUUGACGGAGGAGCUCAUGCAGAAAACGUUCUCGCCGUUUGGAUCUAUCCAGGAGAUUCGUGUAUUUAAGGACAAGGGAUACGCCUUCAUCAGGUUUUCCACCAAAGAAUCAGCCACGCACGCUAUUGUAGCGGUACAUAACACCGACAUCAAUGGACAGACGGUGAAAUGCAGCUGGGGAAAAGAAAGCGGAGAUCCCAACAAUGCUCAACAAACUGGACAGGCGUUAUCGUCGGCGACGUACCCAUACUAUGCGGCGGCAGCAGCUGCCGCCGCGGCGGCGGCGGGCGUCGCGGGUGUCGGAGGCGUCGGUGGCGUCGGGGGUGCCGGCCAGCUCGGCUACUGGUAUCCGCCCCAAUCUUACCCGACAACGGCAACGCAGAUGCAAGCCGGUGGUUUCCUUCAGGGAAUGCAAGGCUAUACUUACGGUCAGUUUGCAGGAUACCAGCAGGCGCAGUAUAUGGGAAUGGGAAUGGGUGUCCAUGCUGCUGGCACAGCAGCUGGAUGGGGCCAAGGAUUACCUGGGGGACCGCAGUUACCACCACACCAUGCUACGACGGUCACGGCACCCCCAGGGGUUCAAGCCGCACCUCCGCCUCCACCACCCCCGGCGCAAAUGAUGGCCUAUCCGAUGCAACAAUUCCAGCAUCAAGAUAACUGCGUCUACAACCUGGCUCAACCUCAAAUCCAGCCUGAAAAGUAUCGCUGGAUAUCGUUCUUUCGUUCUAUCGUACAGAGUCACUCAGGAGCGGAAGAGAGGCAAGCUAGCGGAUGAGGACUGGCUGACGCCUAGCCUUCUAGUGUGAUGGUAAGCAAGUACAUCCCACCGACAGGAACAACUUCUAAAGCAACAACAUUUACCACCAUCGACAGCAACAUCAACAUUUCCGUCACCAUCGACGCCACCGCGACAGCAAAAGCAGUAAAAAUCGUGCCGCUUCCGGCCUGACGUCUUGCGACACGAAGGGCAAUAAAGGUCGAGAAACGAAUAUAAUAUUAGCUUAACAAAACAUACAGAUGUAUGGGGGAGGGGGCGGGGAGUAAGGUUAAUAGAAAGUGAAAUAUAGAGAAGAGGAGAUAGAUAGAAGGAGAGAAGAAAAUAGAAAGAAGGGUAAGGAGGAAAGGUAAGGAAAGAAACGAAGAAGAUACAAAAGCCGUGAUAGAUUUUAUGCAAGAUCCUUCCAUCCUUAACCACCCCAUUACGAAUUUCCACUGAUCCUCCGUCGAUUUUAAUUGACUCAAGCUUGCAAAGGUGGAGAGGGAUAAAAGAAGAAGAAGAAGAGAAAACGAGUGAAAGAAAAAAAAAAAAAAAGAUAGAGAAGAAAUUCCGCUGUUGUUGAGCAAUCGGUGACGACAUCCUCUCGCGUUAGUCCGCAAGAGAUCUUAGUCUAUUUCUAGUCUCAAAUAAUUUUAGGUAGUGUCUCGCCGUGUCACGUUAGUGUCAAGCGCUUAAGCACGAAAACACACGAAUUCUCGGAUGCACGGACCAACCACACGCGUUCGCGCAGCAACAGUUGUCUUAGUUUUACUACAACAACGGCCGACUUUAUGAAUGCACAACGCACGCACGCUUGUCGAAAGAGAAGAAAAGAGAGAAAAAGAUGUAGAGAUAAAGAUGAAUCAAUCGCUUAGAUUAUGCACGCGCACGCGUCUACGAUCGUGCGAAAUCGAUCAUCAAAAACUAAUUAGUCUCGUCUCCCUGAUCGCAUCUAUAUACAUACAUACAUACAUACAUACCCCAACCACAUCCUUAUUCCCUUAAUCCUCUUGCGCUGUGUAUAAUGCGUGCUUUUCGAAGAAAAAUUUUUUCCAUAUGGACCCUUUCGUCCUAUGAGAGAGAAUAAAGUGGAAAAAGGUAGAGAAUCAUCGGAUACUGAUCUGUUUCGUUAUUUUUAUAGUUUUGGGCAUAAACGUGAAUAGAAAAAGAAAGAAAGAAAGAGAAAGAAAUAUGGAGUGUGUGUAAUCGAUAAAAAAAAACUUGAACUCGCACCACCGUAAGAGUGCGGAGUAAUCUUUUUAAUUCACGGUGUAUAAAGACUAGAUAAAAAAUGAAAGAAAAAAGAAAAUCUUUCGUGAAGAAGAAAUAUCGCGAGUUUACUCGAGAGGGGAGAAAAAGAGCGAGAGCGAGAGAAAGAGAGAGAGGAAGAGAGGAAUAUAUAAAAAGAAAAUUAUUAUAAACGAAAUCCAACAAGUAGCUAGUUAGAUAGGUAUAUUAUAUUACAAAAGUUGCUCGACAGACGAUCCGAAAUUCGGCGGCAAAGCGGAGGCGAACUUUUUCCGAUUAAACUCACGAAUAAACUAAACGACGAUGAUCUAAGCGUUUUUAAUACUGCGCGAUCACUUAUGCUCGCAAUCUCCGAUAAAAUAAUUCUUAAUAAACAAAUGCUAUUGCGAAUCAGUACAACCAAACGUACUCUUUCUUAACUUUUACAAGAGAAAGGGAGAAAGGGAGAGAAAAAGAUGGAGAGAUGGAGAGAAAGAAUAAAGGAGAUCUAUUUGCCAGGUGCGAGAGUAUUUCAUACACGCAUGUGCAUUUAUACAUACGUAUUUGCUAGAACAAACUCGAGGCCAAAAAGACAAAUCAUCCGAGUGGGUCAUCGUGUAUAAAAAAAGUAGAUGAGCAAAUAAAAAAAAUAUAUAUAUAGAAAAAGAGAGGAGUUAGAAGAGAGAGAGAGAGAAAGAGAGAGAGAGAGAGAGAGAGAGAGAGAGAGAGAGAGAGAAAGAAAGAGAGUGGGAGAGAGAGAGAAAGAGGGAGAAAGAGAGAGAAAGAGAGAGAGAGAGAGAGAGAGAAAUGGAAAGAAAAAAAAUAAGAAAUGGACUGCUCGAUACUCUCGAAGUAUAAACAUUUUUAUUAUUAGUUCUCGUCCAAACCGAUUUCUGACAUCCGGCGAGACAAAUAUUUUUAUAAAAGGAUCGUCGGUGUGCGAGCUUCGGGUCUCGCGACGCUCUCGA